AAAAGUGAAUUGCGAAACGAGGGAAAAAAACUGAAAUGCGCGAAACCAAUGCGAUAAACCCUAAACCUUAUUUGUUUUCUCCGCAAUAAAAAUUGCUUCUCGUAUUUUCUUAAGAAAAGGCUUUCCCAAUCCUAAUUUGUUGCUAAUUACUCGUUUUCCCCCGGAGCACUCUUUUUUCUUUUUGGUGUAUUUAAAGCGGAUUGGUUUUGAUGCGUAUGUUUGUUUAAUUUUCUACAUGAGCUAGGUUAGGCUUGUAAUGGGGAGUAUUAAGCCCUUGCCAGAUGCUGUUCGUAGUACAGUGCGUUCUGCCACUAUCUUGUUUGACCUCACUAGGGUUGUGGAGGAGCUCAUUUUCAACAGCCUCGAUGCUGCUGCGUCCAAGGUGUCAGUCUUUCUAAGUGUUGGGAGCAGCUAUGUCAAAGUGGUGGAUGAUGGAUCUGGUAUUUCUCGGGAUGGAUUGGUGCUACUGGGAGAAAGAUAUGUAACGUCCAAACUUAACCAUCUGAGUGAUUUGGAUGCUGCCAGCAGUAGCUUUGGCUUUCGGGGAGAAGCUUUAGCUUCUGUAUCUGAUGUAGCUUUGGUAGAAAUAGUAACAAAAGCUUAUGGAAGACCAAAUGGAUAUCGCAAGGUGAUAAAGGGGUCCAAGUGUUUGUAUCUUGGAAUUGAUGAUGACAGGAAAGAUACGGGCACAACAGUUGUUGUGCGUGAUUUAUUUUACAACCAACCUGUUCGGAAGAAACAAAUGCUAUCCAGCCCGAAGAAGGUGUUGCACUCUGUUAAAAAGUGUGUAUUCAGAAUUGCUCUUGUUCACCCAAUGGUUUACUUCAAUCUUAUUGAUAUUGAGAGUGAGGAUGAGCUUCUCUCUGUGCAUCCUUCCUCUUCCCCUUUGCCUCUUCUGAUGAGUGGUCUUGGAAUUGAGGACUGUGCUUGUCUGCAGAAGCUGAAUGCUAGUGAUGGUUCCCUCAAGCUUUCAGGCUACAUAUCUGGUCCUUGUGAUGAUUUUACUUCUAAGGCCUUUCAAUAUGUCUAUAUCAAUUCAAGACUUGUCUGCAAGGGUCCCAUUCAUAAGUUGCUGAACAACAUGGCUACGAGUUUCGAGUCUUUACAUCCAGAGAAGAAGGCUAAUAACUGGACCAAGAAUGGAAAAAGGAGUAGAUCUCAAGUGGUUCCAUCAUACAUAAUUAACAUUAGCUGCCCACCAUCUUUAUAUGAUUUAACCUUUGAACCAUCAAAGACAUAUGUCGAAUUCAAGGAUUGGAGACCUGUAUGUACCUUAAUUGAGACAGCAGUUCAACACCUCUGGAGGAAAAAUAUUAGUUAUGCUGAUGGAUUAGGACAAGCUGAAACCCUGAAGGAAGAUGCAAAUAUUUUGAAUGUUGCAGAAGAUUUUUUUGAUGGAUCAUCAGUGGACUUGGAAUUUGCAACGAGGAAGAGGACUAAAAAGUAUCAACCAUCUUCUUCAUUGGACAAGCUAACCAUAGAUAAUUUGUUUCUUAUGGACCAUGAAGAUACGCCAUUUGAGGAGUGCAAUGGAAAUACUGCACAAUUUAAAGAUCAGCAGAAUGAUAUGAAGUUUGUUCAUUGGACUGACUAUUCUUUUCAAAGUUUGGGUGAUUUCCUUUCCAAAGGUGGCUCCAUAGUAAACCAAAGGAGUGAUUGGCAUCUUUGGUCAUCUGAUAACAAUAUUUUAGCAGAAGAUCACUUCUUGGAAAAUAGAUUUAUUGCUUCAGGAAGACCAAACUAUCAUGUGAACAACAAUAAUAUAAGUUCAAAGUUAGGUAAUGAAUCCCUCAAGUUUGAGAGUUGUGUGACCAAUGAAACAGUUAGGAGUGUUUUUCCUUUUGAUAGUCAUGAACUUUGCAAUGACUUGCAGUUUAGGAAAAAUAUCAGCAAACCUUUUAUGCAAAGUUGCUCCUUCCAAAGAAACCGGCCACUUGACAGGGAAUUGGUUGAAAGUGACGUAGGAGUUGACUCACCAAUUGAUAGCCUUAAGACAAAAAGGAAGUGGGUCUGCUCAAAUGAUGGCUUCAAUAUGAUGGAAGUUGAUUUCGGUGACCAGACAUUUGAUCACCUUUCAAAGACUGCAUGGCAGGAUGGACCCAAGCUUGUAAGAACAAAUAACAUUCCUACAGAUUGUGAUGUUUUAAGAAGAGCUUCUGUGAAGUUGUUUCUGUCAUGUGGAGAUGUUUCUGUUGAAGAGAAUGGCCUAGUAUCUGGUUCAGUCAUGCUAGCUGAAAACCUUGCCUCUGGUCAUCAGUCUUUAAGUUUGGGAUUGUGUUCAGGAACCUCAAACCCCUUUGCCCAAUUCAGUUAUCAGAAUGCAAUAGAAGGGAGCUUCAGAUCUGAGAAAAGGACUAACUUUGGGCAUUUCUCUGAUGGUGAAGACGAGGACAACCAAUUUGGUGUUGAUCUAAUCUCAAGGGGCUCCAGCCAAGAAAAAUGCAUCUAUGAUUUCCCAAACACUGAACAAGGAAUUGGCUAUGCUGAAUCCAGUAGAGAAUUCUCUGAGCACCUUCAACAAUACAAUCUAAAACAUAAAUUUUCUCCAGAACAAUUCAACGUAGUAAUUGAAAACGGAGAUUGGCCUUGGUCAGACUCAAGUAUUAAUGAAUAUAAAAGGCAAAGAGAUUGCUUUCGUUAUCAAGAUUUUGGAAAAAACUUUAGUCCUAAAGAAAGAUCAAGAAGAAGCCAGUCAGCUCCUCCAUUUUACAUCCGGAAGAGGAGGUUUAUCUCCUUACAUCAUUGUUUGCAGACAUCGGAGGAAUCUACUUCUAAUGAAGUCCAUGGUCCAUACACCUUUUUAGAGACUGGUGAUAAGAAGCCUCCACAACGUUCUUCUGGUUUGCACAAUCGAUGCUUUGAACCUAAUUUUGGGAAGAAUAGAUCAAAUAUGAAUAACAAACCAGACAAGGUGCAGAGCCCCAUAGUUCAAAAAUGUGAUAAGAUUGAACAACCUUAUUGCCGAGAGGAUCCUGAACUUGUUCCAGUGCAAGUAUUUCCCUCGUAUGGAAAUCAGGAUCCCCUAAUUUCUGGAACCAAAUGGAGAAAAACAAGGAAUAACAAAUUAUAUGAUGCUGACAAUGAAGAUACUUUACUUGAUAUCGCUUCUGGAUUCCUUAAUCUUGCUGCUGGAUCAUUGGUUCCUAAAUCAAUUAGUAAAAAGUGUCUCACAGAGGCCAAGGUUCUGCAACAGGUGGAUAAGAAAUUCAUCCCAAUUGUAGCUGAUGGAACACUUGCUAUUAUUGACCAGCAUGCUGCAGAUGAAAGAAUUCAACUAGAAGAACUUCGUCGCAAGGUCUUAUCUGGUGAAGGGAAGUCGGUUGCCUAUUUGGAUACAAAGAGAGAGCUGAUCCUGCCAGAGAUGGGAUAUCAGUUACUGCACAAUUAUUCUGAACAAAUAAGACAUUGGGGUUGGAUCUGUGACUUUCACACGCAAGAUUCAAGAUCCUUCAAGAAGAAUUUGAACCUUAUUCAUCGUAAGCCAGCUGUUGUCAUACUUCUUGCAGUACCUUGCAUUUUAGGUGUCAAUUUAUCUGAUGUUGAUCUAUUGGAAUUUCUUCAUCAGCUUGCUGAUACAGACGGAUCAUCAACAAUGCCCCCAUCUGUUAGUCGCAUUCUUAAUUCCAAAGCAUGCCGAGGUGCAAUUAUGUUUGGAGACUCCUUGCUUCCUUCAGAAUGUUCCUUAAUUGUUGAAGAGCUAAAGCAGACCUCGCUGUGCUUCCAAUGUGCUCAUGGGCGACCAACCACUGCCCCGCUUGUGAAUUUGGAGGCAUUGCAUGGGCAGAUAGCUAAGAUGCAAGUGAGGGAUGAUGAAGGCAGGGAGUUAUGGCAUGGGCUAUGCCGACAAGGAGUGAGCCUUGAAAGGGCCAGUUUGCGGUUAAGAGCAGCUGCUGAUGAAAUACCAAACUAACGUGUUAAGCUGAACCCACGUCAUAGUGUACUUGUCCAAAGGUGACUGGACCCAUUGUUGGAUUGAUUUUACCUGAUCUCGAAGCCCGCGAGAAGUUGGGCUUUCAGGGAACUAAAGCAUUAUCCAAGAUGGGUAAUUGACAUUCUUUCUCACCCCAUAAUAAUAAUUGGGUGCUACGAGAUGUGUUAUUUUUCUCCGUUCUAUGAUGUAUUCUUAACUCAUAGGGUGAUGGUAGUCAACUGAAUUUACGGCAAAUUGAACAUAAAAGUAUAUUGCAAACGUUGUACUACAUUUGUAUUUCUUCUCCGUGCAUUAAUUCUUGGUUGUGUGCUCUCUUCCCCGUCUA